CCUUCAGAUACGUACUCCGUGCCGUAGAGCUCAUUUCCGUCGGUGCGUGUACCUGACGUUAAAGGUUGACGCGUUGAGACAUGUUUUGAUUGCAAAAGGAGGAGCAGCAGCAGCGAUCACAGAAGCCAUCGAGAAAUCGGGAACAAAGUUAACACUGGUUGUGUGAAAAACACUUCCGUUGGUACGCUACACGCACUGGCGAGUGAAACGAGGCCAAUCGCGAAACUAUCAAACUGCUGGGACGUGCGUUUCUCUGCGUCGGCCAACAUAGCUUUGCAAUAACCUCGUGGGGAGCAAAGGUGUAUUCUCAAGCACACACACGGGAAGCAAGGUAAAGCUUUUUAGCGAAAGAGAAAAACAGCAAAAGAGCGUAGCGCUUUUGCUUCACACAACAUUAUAUGGGCAAUAUCGGCCUACGGAACCGUUUUCUGGAGAGCAUGAGUGAUGAAUUGGAAAACAGUGACGUCGACAUCGACGUCGACGACGCAAUGGCACUGCUGGACGUUCCGGAGGAGGAGGACGAAAUGAUGAACGAGAGUGAGUUCGCAUCGAUACUGCGCCAGCUGAUUCGCAGUUAUGAGAUUCUGAACCGUUACAGCGGCGACAUCAUGGUGCUGAACUACGAAAACUUCCUCCAGAAUCCGCUUCCGGUGAUAAAGAGAAAGCCGAACCUGGACCGACUGAAGAAAAAUGCCAUUUACCAUGCUACGAAAAGUGCCUCAGAAGCUGGCGCCGCUGGGAGUGCCGAUGCGCCGGACUCGAUCGUCCGCGUGCUCAACAACCGACAGUUUGGUCUCGGCGAGCGACACGGACCGUUCAUGCGGAGCACCGUUUGCCGUAUCAACAACCACUUUCGACCGAACGCGUUCGUCGAUACCGUGCAGAAGUGCGACAUGAAGGUGUUCUGCGGCAAGUUCACGGGCGACGGAAAUCAGUUCAUCACCGCCAGCCAGGACACCAUGAUACGGGUGUACGACUCGUCCCAGUGCCAGUAUCGGCUGCAGCGCACGAUGGAAGCGAAGCACGUGUCGUGGUCAAUACUCGACGUUGAUUUCAGCCCCGACGGCCAAUCGUUCGUUUACAGUACCUGGGCCGAUGCAGUGUUCGUCGCAAGUCUGGACAAUCUAUCAUCGGAUGGCAUACAGUGUUUGUACCUAAACUCGGAGAGUCAGAAGCUGGGCGUGUUUAGUGUGUGCUACUCGAGUUGCGGCAAGCACAUUCUGUGCGGCGCCAACUAUGGUUACAUGUUUGCGUACGACCUUAACACCGCCUGCUGCACGCUGAAGGCACCGAUCUCGACGGAGCGGCCAGACGUGAACGCGGUCGGCUUUGUUGAUGAGUCGUCGAACAUAUUUUUCAGCGGCAGUGAUCAUGGCAUCAUCAAGCUUUGGGACCGGCGAUGCAUGAACGAGUCGAAUCCGGAGGCGGUCGGCAAAUUGGUUGGCCACAGUGAUGGUAUUACCUUCAUCGAUUCCCGCAACGAUGGGCGCUACAUCAUCUCGAACUCAAAAGACCAGAGCAUCAAACUGUGGGAUCUUCGUCACAUGUCGCCGUCUACCACCCGCCGGAACAUGCACUAUCGCAACUGGGACUACCGAUGGGACGACGUACCGAAGCGAUUCUUUAACGCACCAAGAACUCUAUCCGGCGACACCAGCAUUGUGACGUUCCGCGGGCAUAAGGUUCAAAAGAGCUUGAUUCGGGCAAAGUUUUCACCCGCAUUAACCACCGGUCAGCGGUACAUCUACACCGGUUGUGGCACUGGUCGGCUGAUUCUGUACGACGUUCUGACGGGUGCGAUUGUGGAAGCGAUAGAAGGACACCACGAUAUCGUGCGCGAUGUCGCUUGGCAUCCGCACCGCGCAGAGAUCCUCACGUGCUCGUGGGACACCACCGUUCAUCGGCACACGUACCGGGGCCCGGAGGAAAAGGACGAAGAAAAGGGAAAGAAAGCCCGAGGGAGCGAUGACAAGCGAAUGUCGUACAAUUCGGACGAUGAUUCGGACGACGAUAAGAAGGUACAACGGCCCACGCGGCGCUCGCUGCGCAUUGCCGAGCGCAACAACGGAAAGCACUAUCUGCGCAGUUCUGCAUCGAACAAAACGACACGACGCUCGACUCGGAAUUAGUCGGAAAUGUGACUAAAUUAGGAAGUCGAGCAAGGAAGGCUUUGGCGGCGCAUGUUAGAGGCAACCGGAGAACCUGCAUUCCACCUCCUGUGCCGAAUUCCGCGAAAGGUGAGGCCCGAAGAUGAUCGAACUAAUGUAUUUAGCACCGAUUCAAAUCUUGGUCCCGUGAUUAGUACAGAGACAGCUAAGCCGCGUGUCACAGUGUCUUCAAUGCAGACAAUGGGAAGAAUAAAUAAUUUAUUACACUGCUGUAUGCAAAACGUUGUGUCGUAUAGUUAUCGGGAGGAUAAACAAAUCGCGUGACAGACAGCAGAUUGGCCAACAAUCAAACGGACAGCCGCUAAGUGAUAAACGUUUCUAAACGCGUUAAAGCUACACACUGAACCUUGCCUAGCUAUUGGACGUCGGCUUCGAAACGGACGACAGGAAUUUUUUUUACAAACCAACAAAAUGAAGAACAUGUAUAUUGCACAGGAAAAGUAGUAAAAGUAAGAAGUUAAUGCGGUGGUUAAUUUUUAAUUAUUGCUAGAUUAAAAUUUUCGGUUCUUUUGUGGCGCCUAUGGCAGGGACCUCCCCGUCCCACUGCAUGCAGAACUGCACGUCGUUUACGAGCUUCUGCUCUAUAAUUUGUAAACAAACGCGAUUUGUUCCACGGCGGCUAAGUAAACGAGUGGUGCAAAAGGUGGUUGACAUUUUCUAAGUAAAAUUCGGUAACUUUAAACCAUACAAAUGCUGAAACUGUAGCCG